AUGGAAACAUCCCAAAAAUCCAUCCGAGUAAUGCAUUACAUCGGCGAAUUCCUCGACCUAGACGCCAGAUCCUUCACCAACAUCGCCGAAUUUAUAGCUCUCAUACAAGCUAUCCGGGAAGGUCUCAGUCGCAUCGAUCCCACAUUCUCCGUCUCUGAUUUCCACAUCAACAUCUUGUUUCUUUCGAAGUUACAGGCCCAUCCGAAAUGGAAUGAAUGGGCGAGACAUAUGCUACGAGAUCCGCGGAUAAAUGUCUCGGAUUCGAGCAGGUCGAUGGCUUUUCAUGAGCUGGCGGAAAUGGCGAUUCAGCACGAGAAGGAUAUGACCGUUGAAAGGACAAGGACGAAGCAAGUGAGGAGUACGGAGGACGUCCCGAAUGGAUAUCAUACGGGCCGUCUGCAGAAUUAUACGCAAGAGGAGAUUAAUUCCUUUGUCAUUCGACAAAUGCGUAACCAGAACGAGCAACAACACGCAGCAAAUAAUUACCAGAGACAUAGUAAACGACCCAGUCAGGAAGAAAUCAAUGAAUUCGUCGUCCGCCAAAUGCGCGAGGAACAAGAACGCAAAACUCGAGCGAGAAGCAAAUCUGAGCCGAGACCGAAUAAUGCCCCGUCGGCAGCAGCGAUGAUGGCUGCGAAUCAUGGCACGACAAAAUGUGAUAAGUGCGGGGAGAGAAAUUAUCCCGGACAACAAAAAUGUCAUCAUAUAAAGACAAAGGAUACGAAGAAACCACCAACUGUGGAGGUUCCUCGCGCGAAUUUUGUGCCAAAAAAAGUCGAGUUUGUUAAACGGACUGCUGAUGGAUUACCGACGUAUCGGACGGGGUUUGCGUUGACUUAG